CAGACCCCAUUAACAAUCAGUAGAGGUGAGAAAGGGGCUGUCUCUCUCUCUCUCACACACACACUCAAAGUGACCUCAUACCUCCUCUUUCUCUCUCCUAUCCCUUUGUAUAUUUUCUCCCACACUUGGUAUGUUUUCUCAGCUCUCCCAUUCUUUCUUGCAAUUUUCUUGAAGUUUUUUUGUUGAAAAUCUAGGGGAGAAACUGUUUUUUUUCUUAAAGAUUGGAUUUUUGGGGGUUUUCUUAUCUGGGUAGGACUGAUUGUUUGUGAUUCCAAUCUAUUUUGAGAGAGUGGAAAGAUUAGAGUAGUUGGGCUUUGGGAUUGGGGAAGUAAGAUUAGCAAUUCAUCUUAUUAUCAUCAUAGUCUUUGAUCUUGAUAAUGAUGGUGAAAACGAACACUAUGACUCUUUUGACCGGGGGAAAAGAGUUGAGAUAAAGCUCAAGGAAAAUAAGGAAAAGAAGGAAAAGAUGUCCCCCUUGGGUGUUGAUUAUUGACUGUGGGACUAGUGUGAUGUCAAUGACCCAGAAAGUGAAAGAGAGAGAGGGCCAAAUAGUGUGAGAAACUCUCUCUUUUCUUCUCUCCUUUUUUCACCCACACGCUUCAAGUUUGGUCCCUGAAUUUGCUGUGUGGUGAGGAAGACUGUUUCUUGAAUUCUUGAAUUCUUGAUUGUGUAUUUAAAGGAUAGGGUUUGAGUUUUUGGGCAAAACCAAGGGUGUAAGAUGCCUAUGUAUCAGCCAGGAAGAGGGGGGAGGGGGGAGUUUGAGGUGGGGGGUGGUGGGCAGGUUCUGGAUCUUGAAACUGCUGUGAAAGAUGGGAUUUUGGGAGGUGGGGGGGUGGUGGGUGUGGCAACUCAGGUUGACAAGAAACCUAGUCUUAGGACCAUGAUUGAAGAGCUUGAUGCAAUUGAGGUUCCUGCGGUGUUCAUUUGCCCAAUUUCUUUAGACCCAAUGCAGGACCCUGUGACCCUUUGCACAGGGCAGACCUAUGAGAGGUCCAACAUUCUCAAAUGGUUCUCUUUGGGGCACUUCACUUGCCCCACCACAAUGCAAGAGCUUUGGGAUGAUUCAAUCACCCCUAAUAGCACCCUGCACCACUUGAUUUACACCUGGUUUUCCCAGAAGUUCUUGGCUAUGAAGAAGCGGUCCGAGGAUGUCCAAGGCAGAGUCUUGGAGAUUCUUGAGACUCUCAAGAAGGUUAAGGGUCAGGCUAGAGUUCAGGCGUUGAAGGAGUUGAGGCUAGUCGUGUCCGGGCACGAUUCCGCCAAGAAAACUGUGAUGAGCAAUGGCGGGGUUGCUCUGAUUAGCUCGUUAUUGGGCGGUUUUACCACUCACGCUGUUGCUUCCGAGGCCAUUGGGAUUUUGGUUCACUUGGAUCUCAACUUUUACGGGAAGAAGGAUUUGGCGCAACCAUCCAAGGUUUCGUUACUAGUGGAUACGUUGAACGAGGGGUCAAUCGAUACGAAGAUCAAUUGUGUGAAACUGCUUGAAAUGUUGAUAGAAGGGAAGGAUUCUGACUCGCAAAUCGUGUCAAGUUUAAGUCUUUCGGUAGGAGUGUUGAGAUUAGUGAGGGAUAAGAGGCACCCGAACGGGGUCCUGGCAGGCCUCAAGAUGCUCAAGAUAAUCGCCUCAUAUGAAUCGUUACGAACCUCGAUUGUGAACGUUGGGAGCAUCCCUCAAUUGGUAGAUGUCUUGCCUAGUUUGAAUGCAGAGUGCUUGGAAUUAGCCCUUCACGUUCUCGAGCUAUUGUCUACCCUCCCGGAGGGCGCAUUGGCUCUCAAAGAUUGCCCCCGAACCAUCCCCAACACCGUGAAGCUGCUGAUGAAAGUCUCCGAGAGCUGCACUCAAUCAGCUCUCUCGAUAUUGUGGGAAGUUUGCAAGCUCGCACCCGAGAAAUGUUCCACGCUCGUCGUUGAAGCUGGGCUCGCAGCGAAGCUCCUCCUCGUGAUCCAGAGCGGCUGCAACCCGGUGUUGAAGCAACGAUCAGCAGAGCUCUUGAAACUGUGUAGUCUAAAUUACACUGCCACCAUUUUCAUUUCCAAGUGUAAACUUACGAAAACAAUACAAUGAGACAUGCAUUCGUUAUAUCGUUUAUUUGCACA